AUGAAUAUCUAUAUAUCUUUCUUUGCUUCGCCUCAACGCUUCCGUUUUGCAAGCAAGGUUAUUUCACGCGCCAUUCGUUGCGCUUGGCGCGAUAAAUCAGCGAUACUUAACUAUUGGAAGAGAAAUCAUUAAUGACAUUUGAAGACCAGCAGCUGUUUGGAAGAACAAAAAUAAUGGAAAAGUUACAAGCUUUAACAUUUCAAAAGAUCGCCCACAUCAUAACAGCAAUAGAUACACAGCCUAUGUUUGAUGGUGGCAUUCUAAUUUGUGUGCUUGGUCAACUUAAGACUGAUGAUGAUCAUCCACAUACUUUUCAUCAAACAUUUGUCUUAAAAAGUUUAGGAGAUAGUUUUUAUGUAGAACAUGAUAUAUUUAGGUUAGCACUGCAUCAUGUUGGUUAAAGAUACAAUAUUUUCAUCAUGGGAUCUGUUUGAAGCAUUGGUGUAAAGGUCUGGAAUGAGAAUGUGAUCUUGCUGCACUUCCAUAUGCUUCCUCAUUCAGUAGAAUGGACAGUAUUUAUCAGCAUGAAUAGUAAGAGUUAUGAUGCAGAUAACAUAAUCCUCAUUGGAAGGUACCAAGUCACUGUUUUGCCUUCAUCAGUUUUCAUUACCAUGACUAUUCAGAAUUUAUGGUACUUUUAACAAUGAACUGCAUUAAACAAUUUCUAAAAAAAAAAAAAAAAAAAAAAAAAAAAAAAAAGCUUGCUCUAUAUAUUUUUGUAUUUCAAUUUAAAAAAAAAAGUAUGAGAAGUAUAAAGCUAAUGAAGAAUUGCAUGUAUUUGAUGUUAAAAAAUUAGUUUUGUCUUGAAGGAAUGUAGUUUUUCUCUUACUGUUUGUAUUUAGAGACAUAUUGUUUGCAGUUUUUUUCCUAAACAUCAGUAUUGACUUUAAAAAUUUAAAGGGUGAAAUGUGUCAAACAAUCUUGUGAGUUCAGAUGUCAUAAAUGAAGAAGUAUUUUAAAUGUAUUUAUAUAGUUCAUAUUUUAUAUUUUAUGAUUUUUUAUGAAAUUUAGAGAUGCAUGCUAACAUUAAUUGCAAAUAUUUAUUUAGGUUUAUAUGUUACAUAUUAUCUUUUUAGAGAAACAAAAUAAGUGUUUGGUAAUCUUUUAUACUGUUUACUGCUUAAUUAUGUCUAUGUAGGAUAUAUAUUAUUCUGCAAAUUAUAGGAAUUCAAUUAUUGCAACAUUUUCCCCUUUUAAAGGUAAACCAAAAGUAAGUUUCCACCAAAAGUAGUAUUUAAAAUGUUUGAAUCUGCUGUCUUUUUUUCCCCUUGUUUAUUUAUUUUAUCAGUAUAUAUAUGAAAAAAAGAGAUGGAUGAAAAUUGUAUGGUUUUUACGGCCUGUAUUAUUCUUAUUAGCAUCCUGCAGAGAUAUCUAAGGCUUUGUAUAAUUGAUGUCUAACAAGCUGUAUCAGUUAUGUUGUUCAGAUGAGCUUUGAUUUUGUCCAAAAUUUUGUUUUUCUUCUUUUUAUAAUUUAAUUUAAUGAUAAGAUGUUGGAGAAUAAAUAGUUGUGAUACCAA